AUGCAGUGGUUCUGCUGGCAUGUGGCAGCAAAGAUGAGCCUGGGAUUUCUGUGUCUCUUUCUGGUUUUCAACACAGCUUCAUGCAUAAGAAGAGAAAAUAAGAAAGAGAAGCAAGUGGCAGUGCUGGCUACCGCAGAGCUGCCUGCAAAGUCCGUGGAUCUGGCUGCUAUUAACCUGACAGAGCUGGUGAAUGGUAUGCUGAACACAGCGCUCAGAGGUACCAAAAAACUCUUCUCUUUGCUGAGCGUCACAUCUUACAGCUCAUUUGCCUUCCACAAAGUGUCAGUCACCAUUUAUAACGUUUCUAACAUGAAAAAUGUUGACCCUGGCAAGUUCCCUAUGCAUUACUGCUACUGUUUGAACAAUGUGACAAAUGACUUGACAGAUUUUACAGCUUUACUCGUUGAUAUUAUUGGGAACUCCACCAGUUAUCUCACAGAAAUUUUCAAAUCCACUUCUAUUCUCUCAGUACGUCAGAGCAAUGAUUCAGAUGAUUGUAUCUACAUCUGUGUGACGACAGGGCAGACGGGGAGAAAUCUGUCUGACUUUUGGGAAAUGCUGGAGAAGUCUCCUGUUAUUAAUUACACAUUUUCCAGUAACACAUCUUCUGACCUGGACCUAGAUUCGAUUUUUUCAAGUUUCGUGAAAUUACAGGAAGACCGAAACAAAACAGUGGAUCCAUCAGCAGAACAUGUGUGGACAUCUAAAACUACCAGGGUCCCUCUUGCCCAGAAAGGGGAGGAAAUCCCCACCACGAGGUUCCCACCAUGGCCAAAGACGGUUGGAGCAAAAGGAUCGGGGUUUCCAUCGCCGCAUGUGGAUGCUUCCAGACCACGAGGCACGGCCGGACCCCCUCCUACUGCUGGGGGGAGCUCGGCCCCACCACCAGCCCUGCGGCCCAGCCCCAGCAUGUGUCUUUCUGUUCCCAUAGCUGACAUGCAUGCUUUUUGGAUGCAGACGGUGUCUCCUCAAGAAACCAGCAAACUGAUGCAAACAGAGCCAGAUAUGCCUUCCUCAGUACUGUCUAUGCCACCCUACAGGCCUGGUGUGACACUGAAACUUUACUCAGCUACCAGGUGUCCACAGGCGAUCCUCAAAGAGUCCCGUGUGACCUCUCCUCCUGUCACUCUUAUAGUGCAAAAGAUCAAUCCCUGUGUGAUGGAGCUGUGUAGGUUUUUUCAGCUGUGCCUCUGUGUCGGUCAGAGAAGAUAUUCCAGAAAGGAAGCCAUGAGGUACUGUGUUGAAUACUAUACCUGGUUCUUGAAAAAUGCAAGCUAUGUCUGUGAAAGAGUCAAAAGAGUUUCUUACUCCCACACAUUAAAACAAAAAUGCCUUAAAAACAUCUGUAUGUCGGUCUAGAGCACUGAGGAAUUUUACUACAAGUUGGAAGACUGGUGGCAGUUUUAGUUGUCUCUUUCAUUUCUCAGUGUAAAAAUCA